CUGCGGGACAAGAUCGGUACUCGGCGAGGCUUGCCAGUUUUUCGCCGAAAUCUCCCAUUUGCUACAGCGCAGACUGUCUGACUUGGGGCUUGGAGUGUUGUUGUUAUCUGUUGGUGGGAACUGUGCCAAACAGUUUGUGCUUUUUUUCUUCUAUCUUCUUCCUCAGCGUUCGAUUCUAAGGCAUCCCCGGUUCAGUGGCUGUGUAACUUUUUUGUGAGUGUGGUAAUUUUCCGGUGAUAUCAUUUUUCAAUAAGGAUGAUUUUGGUGGUUCUCUUGGAGGAGACUAGCUAAAAACAAGUGAGCCAGGAUUGAUUCGUUUGAAUUCGUUUGGAUCUAAAAAAGGGGUUUAGUGGUAGAUUUCUGUGAAACGAGUGCUGUCUGGAAAUAACCUGCAGCUUGUGGGCUACAAUUGUCAGUGUGAAGCCCGGGCAAAACUACGGAUUGGAAAUAAUUUUUCGUUUAACACUCGCGAGAGAAAUUGUAUCCGUGGAUGCUACUGGAUUUGUGUACCACAGAGGAAUAAAAUAUAACAAGUGAUCUUUUGGAAUCCAAACCUUAUGUGUACCAAAUCCUUCACGCUUCACACUAAUCUCAUCGCAAGUGCAGUGCUCGUGGGUGUUCCUCUCGUGUACGUGCAAUAAAAAUCACAUCCGCACGAUUAAAGUGAAGAGGCAGACCGAAACAAAAAAAAAUAAAAAUAAAAGUGUAACCCCGAAUCCCCGAAGUACGAAUCGUUAUUCAAUUUAGUCCUCGCGUGCGAGUAGAGCUUGUAAAACCGCAAGCCAACCCGUCGGAAUACGUGAUAAUCGUACUAAAAAUAAGUUAUUGCACCCAGCCGGGUGAGUUCGGCUUCCAUCAAGACGACCCGAUGUGGUCAGAUAGUGCGCGCUGGUUCGCUCCGGAUGCGAGCAGUUCUGUGGUUCCGUUUGGAGAGUGAUUUUUGCCCCGAAGAAUCCCUGCUGAAGGAAGAGUGAAAACGAACGGAGCAGAGGAAAAAACGGUGAGCGCAACGAGCCGAAUGAACACGUAAAGCGAUCCCUUCCAGAAUAAACAACUAUCGGUGAGAAGCAACAGCGUUGUAAGUUUGGAAGUGUGCUGCUCCUCCGAAGGAUACAAUCCAUCCAUCGCAAAGAAAGUAAAGGCAAAUAAAUCACACGAUAUCCUGCAUUUGCGUCAACGACAAUGAUAGGAAUUGAACGAAGCAUGAUAGACGACUCAACAAGUUGGUCGCUACCUUCGGUGGAUUAAAUGAGACGAUGUCUCGUGUAGCACACUAUAGGCACACUUCGAGCAAAACAAAGCGGUGAUGGAUCACUCUAGUCAACAUUACCAUCACCGUGAUCUUCGCUAUCGCUGCUAUCACUCGAUGUCGAAGCACAAAUGGCCAACGCUUGCCCCGUGGUUAAUUAUCGCCAUUUUACCACAUCUAGCAUUCCACUUCCCUUCGGGACAAGCCCUAGAACAACAGCAACGCUCGCAGGGUGAACCCUCAAAUUUGGAACUAACUACUCUAGCAGUGACUGGUCUCCCACCGUGUGAAUCCAGAGCAUUGGAAGAAAUCCCACCGGAUCCGUAUUAUGAUGUGUCCGACAUCACGCUCCAAGCAGCCAAAUCGUUAGCAGAUUUUCUUGCCUCGCGGAAACUAGACACAAGCAAAGAUGACCGCAGGCUCGCCAUGGCCCGCGACAAGGCCAACGAGUUGGCGAGCUACGCCCUCAAGGAGGACGAUGGUUUGCUAGCGGUUGGCAUCGCGUCGCCACGUUUAUCUCUGGCGGUUGUGCAGUUCCGGGAUAAAAUCGAUGCUGCGCAUGCAAAUCUGUCGGACAGCAGGACCUUUCUGUCCACCUAUUGGCGCGAGCUUGGGGCCGCCUGGAACCAAAGCAGUGGAGCCCAGUUUUGGGGUGCUCCCUUCCGGGACUGUGGCCCCCUCUACGGGCGGUGGCUGUGGCCCUUCAGUGUGACGGUUGAAUCGCAAGGCUACAAGAUCGUAGCCUCGGCGUUCAUAGCGGCCGACGUGGAUCAAUGCAAUGACGCGCUGGAAGGAAUUUUCGGACGUCGGCAUUCCUGUGACCGAGAGUCCACCUUCUGUCUCAUGUCGGAGGAGGCAGCCAGUUCCGGGGGCCGGGGGAAGUAUACGUGCGUUUGCCGCGAUGGGUACUACAUACCGAACGAGUCCUUCCAAGGGUUCACCUCGGACAAGAACGAUGCGAAUGUGACGAAUUUCAGCUGCAUUCCAUGCCCGAGUGCAUGCGAAUGUAACUCGGCCGGCAGCUGUAGCCGCCCGGAUGAGGACUUCAGCACGGAAACGCUGAUGAAGGCCACGAUUGGUGCUAUUCUGGGGGCGUGUAUGCUUUGUUGCUUAGUGUUAGCGUUAAUUGUGUUCCGUCAACGAAAAUGCAAGACAAUUGCAACGGGAAUGUGGACUAUUUUGGAGACGAUUUUAUUUGGAAUCCUGCUAUUGUACCUCGCGGUGGCCCUCCAUUUCCUGCAAGCAUCGACGCUGCGCUGCCUGCUAGAGCCCUGGUGCCGCGAGCUGGGCUUCAUCAUCUGCUACGGGGCAAUCGUGCUCAAACUUUACCGCCACCUGGUGGAAUUCCGCACCAGGAAAGCUCAUCGAUGGGUUGUGAGAGAUUUGGAUCUGCUGCGUUAUCUGUGCGCGAUGAUAGUGGCGGUGCUCUGCUAUCUGGCCGCCUUCACCGCCACCAGCAUGGACUUCCUACGGUACAGCGAGCUGGUGUGGAAGGUGGAAAACACCGACGACCAGGUCACGUCCAAUAUGUGUCGGCCUCUGAAGUGGGACUACGUGACUGAAGCCGGCGAGCUGCUCAUACUCGGCUUCGGGCUGCAGCUGGCAAUCGCUAGCCGCAACGCAAAUACACAAUUUAGAGAACGUCAGUUUCUCGUUAUUUCGAUUAUGAUCGAAUUCCUCGUCUCGGCGACAUUCUACAUCCUACGGUUUUGGUACUUGGAGGAGUUCAAUCCAUCCACACUCUUCUUAGCACUUUUCGUGCGCUCCCAGCUGACCAAUACGGUAACACUCGGGCUCAUAUUUUUGCCUAAGCUGUGGUACCAGCAUAAGCAGGUUCGUUCCCUUGCCCAUGAUGUAUCAUUCCGCUUACCUGUGGAUGCUUUCAAGGGUGCACACGACAGUUCCCACCAUGGCGGCGGCCUGGGCACCUACGCCGGCAUCUGUGUUGGUGAUCCGGAAGUGGGCGACGUCACCAUCUCCGAGAUGAGCCCCGAGGACAUCCGUGCCGAACUGAAAAGACUGUAUACACAACUAGAAUACCUAAAGAAUAAAACUCUACGACAAGACAAUCCUCACAUUAGCAAACGAAGGGGAGGCCGAAAGGUGGCGCACCGUAGAUUCUCGUUACAGAAAAAAGGAAGCAGAGAAAAGGCACUAAGCGCCAAGCAUCGCAACAAUCGUCCAGCGGUCAGCGAAGUGGAAGUGACCGAAGCGGAACCGUCCCGCACACCGGAGGACUCGGUGUGCAGUGUGGAGGGCCCGACCGAUACCGGCACGAUUACCGGUGCCGAGAUUUCGGGGGUAUCCAACUCGAAAUAGCCAUCAACCAAAACUGAUACACCCGUCAGCAACAAUCAUUACUACUAUCACAAUCAUCGCACCUAUAUAUACCAGACGGAGCAGCAGCAGCAGCAGGAGCAGUCCAAAAAGUCACGCUAUCGAGAGUACAACUUCUAAUAGUGGCAGACGCGUGCCGAAGUUGUUGUAAAUGGCGAAGAAAAAUUUAUGUAAAUAUCGUUGUAGCAAAACGUGCCACGCACUGACAUUGGGAGCAGCGCGAAAAUUCACUUAUUAAUUGGAUCAUCACAUGGUGUAAAUGGACAAAUAACUACAAUGUGUUAAAAAUAAUUCGCUUGUUGAGUUGUAUGAUAAAUUAUGCUUGAAAGGCGUUCAAUGCUAUCAGUGCUCAGAAAUAUUGAUGUUCAGAGGGUUUAAUCGUGAAAAAAUACUUGGGCCACGUCUUCCAAACGACAGGCUAAGAUGCGUCUUAUCGUUCAGUGAUGCCUCAACGGAAUUGCUUCUUUACUCAGCGUCAUUGCGCUUUCCAGCAGCGAUCAGACAGAGCACUUUCAUUUGAUGGGUGCUCUGCUCUGCGAACAUCAAUUUAAUGCCGUCUGGUGGAGAGUGUUUCUGUACUUUUGCAUCACGUGUACAACGUUGUUGUUUUGACGUAGGACUAUCUUUCAUUUCUGUACCGGGGUGUAAGUUCGAAGUUUCGAAAACAAGGUUUCGAACGUUAAUACCUUUUUACCGGCUGAAUAGAGUGGUAUAAAAAUCACUUCAUUCAAAAAAUAAAAUGUCAAAGAGUUAUAUGAUUGUUACUUAUUGGUCCAAAAAUCGUUUCAAUAGUUUGAAAAUUGCUUUGAAGACAGGCUAUUGAAAUCAUAACAAUCUUGCUUAUUGAUGAUGAUUGCUUUUGUCGUGAUCGGAAUGUGUUCUCGAACACGGACGCAGAAUCAAGAAACCUGGAGAAACCGUCAUCGCGAAUACAUGCAAGCUGUGAUUUCUUUUACUCGCUUGCAAAUGCGCUCGAGCAAAGGAAGAUUUGUGCAUUUUCGUAAUGUAAUCGUAUCCAAGAGCAUUAGUUUCUGUUUUGCUUUCGCAUGGAAUGGUUAUGAGGAAAUGUUCGCUUGUAAAUCGAGCAAAGGAAGAUUGGCGCAUUCGUUUUCAGCUAUGCAAUCGUAUCAAAGAGCAUCAGUUUCUAUUCCGCAUCGCGCAUGGAGUGGUCAAGAAAACCCUCGUGUUUUAUUCGCACAAGAACAAAACAGAAUUAUGUAUCAAACUUCAUCAGUUGCUUUUGCAAAACCACACAAACCCAACGGUAAAAACAAUUUCACACUCAUACCCAUCGCGUCACACACUAUCAAGGAAAACAUUCAGCAACCUUUAGAAAUAAUUAUUCAUUCAUUCAUUGAGAAUUGAUUCAGAUGAAAUUUCAAACAAAAGAUUACAGAACUAGCGGUCGUACUACGUCUACCUUGCGGUUAUAUCACAGGUAUAACCCACUUCUACUUUUUAUCCUUUACCAAAGGUAGACUUAAAUGGUUAAGAAAUGUGGAAUAAUUGUAGGAGACCCUCGCGCCAGCGUUCACAAUGAGUUCUCAAAGCGCGCAUUGAUAUAAGCAAACAAAUGGCGACGUAUGGUCUGCUUGUGUAUUGUUCCCGUGUAUUGUUACGCAUUGUCCUUUGUGUUCAUGAACUCCAUGAACCCGUGUAAAUCGUUGUUGAUUCAUAAGGUGAUUUGUUCUGGACUUCGAAACGGGUUUGGGAGCUCUAGAAACAUUUAGAAAAAAAAAUGAUCAGGACACUCAAGAAAACAUGACAAAUGAUUGUGUGUUUUGUCUAUGGUAUUUAAAUAAGUAUUAUUUAGGACAGGGAAUCUCAAAGUGAUCGAUAUCGACCCCAUGGGGUCGGUUUCCUAGGGGUAGAUAAAAACGAAAACUGAUUUUAGGGGUCGACCAGUUCUGAAAUCAACCACUGUUAAUUAACACAAGUUCCUAUCUGAAACUUUCAAUAUAUUUAUAUAUUUUGAUAUUUACUGAAUCUCAUGUCUGUUUAUUGAUGAGUAAAUGAUGCCAAGAUUACUCACUUAAUGAACCGCAUUUUUUUUUAAAUUGGUAAUUUUUCAAUUUGGCUAUAGGGAUCGAUGAUAUCACAUCAUCCUGGAAAAGGGGUCACUCACUCAAAAUAAUUCGAAAAUUCCUGAUUUAGGACAUGUUCUGUUGCUUAUGGUCAAUGCUUUUUGACAAAAUUUUAACAGCGUUUAACCUACUUCGAUUCCAGUCCAGCGUUCCAUGAAAGAAAUUAUGGAUAAAUUACUGACGUAGAUAAAAGCCAUUAAUUCCAAAAAUUGUUUUUUAUUUUUAUAUUUUUAUAUUCAAUUUUUUUAUUUAGAAAAAUAGAAUAGAGAUUUCCGAGACGCGAUCGUAUUGUUAACGUAGGACUGCGAAAUCGACCAAUCCACAAUUGUUGCACCAACUGCAAGACUCUUUUUUUCGCGAAGAUGAUUGCGUCGCACACGUUCACGAAUGGCAUGGAUAACAUUCUGCAGUCGUGCCGACCUCGGACGCCCCCAUCUGUCUAUCUCCCACAUCAAUUGUUUCUUUGUAUCGUUGUAGUGUACAGAACACGAACCAUUCAUUGUUAGAAAGCGAUUUGAGCAGCUUGUAAAUCUGUAUCGUCGUCUUCCCACACUUAAAUAACGCGGCAGUUGCCACACGCUUCUCGUACUUCAUCGUUGCUAGGAAACCGAACAAAUAUAUAUGAGGGGCUUAGAAUGCAAGGGGUGUAAGUGACUUGAUCGAUUUCUCUUCAUCAACUUUUUCUUUAGUUAAUAACUCAACUGCAAAAACGUUCCAAUUUAAGUUUGCUAUAGAGUCCGAUAGAUGAGGUUCUGACCUAUCUUCCACAUUGCCAAAUACAGUACGGAAUGUAUUUGCAGCUAAGUUAUGACCAAAAGAGAGAGUCGAUGUAGAGAAAUCGAUGUUUUUCUUUAGUUAAUAACUCAAUUGCAAAAACGUUCCAAUUUAAGUUUGCUAUAGAAUCUGAUAGGUGAGGUUCUGACCUAUCUUCCACAUUGUCAAAUACAGCAGAGAAUGUAUUUGAGGCUAAGCUAUGACCAAAAGAGAGAGUCGAUGUGGAGAAAUCGAUCUAAUCACUUACACCACUGUCAUUCUGAGCCCCUCAUAUAAGACCGCGGAACAUUCAAUGGUAUUCAAUGAACUUUCGUAGUGCCACACUGCAGCCUCGAUCGGUAGUUCUUCGGGAGACGAUCGUUGGAAAUUAUUCCGCUGUCUUUUGCGUACAAAACCCGAAUACAAACAGUAGAAAGUUGCGGGACGUAUGAUUAUUAGAUAUUGUAAAGCAGCGAUCCAAUACGCCUACCUUGUGGCACGCCACCUGAAGCUGCUUUCAUCUCCGAGAAGGUACCUGCGAUCAAUGAAGAUAAUUUAUUGCCAUCCUUAUAAUAUAGCCUGGAAAGCUCGUCUGUAAUAGCAUAUAGAAUUGCCUGUUGUGCUAGACGUUGUCGAAUGCAUUUCCCGGAUCAAGUAGAAUAUUUGUUCCAAUGAAUUAUGUUCCCCACUCGCACUACUUGUUGGACGGUAGAGUUCCCCUUCCGGAAGACGAAUUUCUCUGGCAUAAUAAUAUGCCGUUCAUCGACAUAGACUGUAUACUUCGUAGUCGCUCUCCGUGAUUGACCUGAACCAGCGAAAUUUCACAAAGAACACACCGAAUGACGAGUAGCAAAUCAUUCUCAUUGUGCAAGUUAGGGGUUGCAAUCAAAUUCUUCUUCGGACAUGUUACUAUAGAAAUCCGUCAUUCGCAGGCGGAGUUGGCAACAUCUUGCGAAAAUAACGGUCAAAAAGCGAUAAGCUUGCCAAAUAGUUAGAUUGUGCGUUACCCUGCGGGUUCGUGUGAACUCACUAUACCAACAUGUAUCAAGGCUAUGCGCCUCGACGAGUUUGCUGGCGAUGACGUGGUAAUCUCUUAUCCGGGGCACUAACAUACAACCGGUGCUUUCCUUUAGUUGUGGGGUUGUAACGGGUCGUUUUUUGAGUAUAUGGGUAAUCUCCCAAAACGCCUUGGAGUGAUCUCGCAGUUAUUCGAUAGCACCUUUAGGAGGCAACCGGAUCUAAGGAAUUGCCAACUGACUGUAUUACGUUGCUGUAUGAGCAGCCGAUUAGAUGUGUGAAGAACAAUAGAUUAUCUUUCUGGAAUAAGUUGAUGCAGGGUUCUUCGGCAGCGUAGACGGCUUCGUCAAACACGUCCAGAGCAUUAUCGAUGGCUUCGACAGGUGGUGGAAACGCCAAGUCGGAGUUAACCCGAUGAUCCGGGUUGUGAACUAAGUUUUGUUUGGGUGGGUGACUGGCUUGCAUGAUUCCAAACCUGACAUUCCAGCACUAAGGUGAUUAUCAAAUGGGUUUCCAUUCUUAUUUCACCUGCAAUUGCGCCACAAUAUAACACGAGCGUAGAUGUCACCGGCCACCACGAAGCAGAAUCGGUUGUAGGCUAGUAUGAAUUUUAACCCUAACCGCUUUGAUAAUGCUGAUGUUCGGAUGUGGGAAGAUCUCGUAAGGGAUGUCAUACCUAACAAUGACUGCAACAUCGCCACCUCUGGAGUUGGGACGAUCCAGCCGGAUUACAAUACGAGCUGGGAGAGAACAAAUUGCCGACGGGUUGAGCCGAGUUUCGUUAACACUCCCACAUCUACGUUGUGGUAAGCCAGCAAGCUGCUUGAGAACACCCCAGUCCGAAAAUCUAGUCUAGUCUAGCGAGUUGGCGCACAAACUGAUUGGCGCAAAAAAAUCUACCCCAUCUGAAAUCAAAAUGUUCCAUUGUUUUUCAAACUUCAAGUAUUCCAGUCAAUAUCACGUAAAAAUGGAUAAUUAGUAGAUCAUUUUGUCAUUCCAGUAAUAACAUGGAUUUCAGCAUGGAUUCUUCCAGAUCCUCGCACAAAAUGUCCCAACAUGAUGCUUCCAGCACAGCACCGGAGACCCUCAUUCCGCCACACUCCGAGCCGCCUUUGCUUAUUAGCUCGAAAUUGGACUCGUUCGAUCAAAUAACGCGCUUCCCGAACUCCAGCGAAAUGUUGACAUGUUCCCUCGCAAACUAAAGUCGUCUUUUUUGUUGGUCGGUCGCUUUUCGGCGACGUAGCUCUUCAGGUCUCGUUCCAUCAAGCGUCGUCCAUGAUAAAUGGUACAUGAAAUCGGGGAUUCCAAAAAAAGUUGAUGCCAAAUGUCUUCAAAUUGCGCAAAACGUUGAGAUCUACUGUCAUCUCAAAAUAUUUUUCUGUCAACUUUCCAGACGGAAAAACGACAAUGUCAAAUUUUAAUUUUUGUUUUUUUUUAUUAUAUCUGUAUUAUAGUGAUUUUCAACUCAUUUGGCAGGUUCAACACUUUUUGCUUCCAUUUUUGGAAGAAUGUCGGGAGUGAGAAUUGAACUCGUGACCUUUAGCGUGAGAGCAUUUGAUGUAAAAAAUAUUUUUCUAACAAAAGCCAUUGGUGUAAUUUUGAUUAUUGGCGUAAUCUUCAAGAAUUAUUUUUAUGCGUUCUUCCGUUUUCCGGAAAAUGACAAAAAAUAAAAAAAUCGCCAAACAAACACAUUGGACAAAACCAACAUUUUUGAACCUGUAGAAGGUUCAAUCCAACGGGUUCUUUCCUAAAUCACAAUGAGUAAUCUUUUACCAAAGUAAUACAGUAGAAACGUUCAUGUAUUUUUGAAUUUUAUAAGGUUUUGUUUUUUUGUUGCGUUAUGUGAGGUUAUGUACUUUCCGCACAUAGUUACAUUUAGUUAUAUUUCCCAAUAAAGUUAUACAAAAUUGAAUGAAAUUGAUAGUAAGUGGUAGCUAAUAGACUAAGCUAUCAUUUGAUGCCAAAACCUUACCAUAUGGUUGUUUUCCAAAGCCAUGAAAAAUUAUCAAAGUUGUUGUUCGAUUUUUCGAACGCUUAGCAUAAAACGGCUUAAGGGUGACAAUUGACAACGUCUCGACUCGGCUUUCCGUCUUCCACCUUAUUAUAUACGCAUCCUGGGCGAAAAUGUUUCGUUCUUUCUCAAACAAAAACUCACUACCAAGCAGACUUUGCAGACUGGAUUUCAGGAUUAGUCAGGGUCAGUUACGAAAUCGAUUGACACUCUAUAGUUCACCGUGCCAGUGGGUUGAAGACAUUACUAUUCAAAAGUUUUUCCUCUGAGUCAUCAUUACAUCCUUACAUGAAUCUGUGGAAGACAUGCGAGUCACGGAGUGCAACGUCUGUUCAUCUUCCAUCAUCGGGAAGCUAUAUACGGCCAACCACAUAGGAACUGGGGGGAAUGUGAUUACCCUAAGAAACAUGCCCAUUUCCUGUGUCCACAUCCCACAAAAAUUUCCGUUCUUCGAAGAAUAUUGUAGCUCAACUUAUUGUAGUUCAAGAUAGUAAGCGGUUUUUAUUAUGAAAAUUGAAAAUAGUACAUUUUUCAUUAUUAGAAAAAAAAGUAGAAAAAACCAAAAUUUUUUUAGUGAUGAGGUAAAGUGGUCACCAGUGGGGGGCAAAGUUGUCACUCGCUCAUAACACACUAGUAGGGAUAGAUUUAUGCGUGUUUUCUUAGCCAAAUUUGUUUAAAUAAUUAUUGAAAUAGUAGGUACAUGUAUCAAAUGAACUAGGCCUAUUCACCUAGAGUCGUAAUUGAAAUAUUCUCAUAAGUACAAAAACGUAGUAAUAACGUUUAUCAUAAUGAGGCUUGAAUUUGGUUGGAGUGGCAUAUUUUUCCUGGGUCGAAACCAUAAGAGAGACCCUUCAUGAGCAGAAGAUGAUAAGGUAUUCCAGCUUUUGAAACAGAAUAUUGUCAGUAGUAGUCCUCCACUGACCACUUUGCCCCCCAAACAACGAAAUGCGAAAUAUGCGAAAUAAUCGAUGAAAUUGAACAAAAUAUCUUUUCACCUCCCCUAGAAUAUGUGAACAGUCGUCCAAACUGUUGAUUUGUCGAAAAUAUCAGGUCAAAUAAACUAAAUUGAACCAGAAAUUCCUUAAAUUCGAAACGCACAAAACUACGGCCAAAUGUCUACCGAGAGAGCGAUUUUCGUUUUUAUUUAUAUUUCGACAUGCGACAGCUCCACCGAAGUACAGGGUGACUCAAAAGUCAUGAAAUUCUUCAAACAUAAGAUGGCUAUCAAUACGGUGUCAAUAAUCAAUAGUUAUACUACCAAACAAGCAGGUGACCACUUCACUCCACGUGACCAAUUUAUCCCCACUUCCCCUACGGUCAAACCACAAAUACUACUUAAUAUACAAGACGCAAUUUAUUCCAGUACAUGGGACGAAAGAAAUUUCAAAAAAAAAAUCAUCUCUAAACUUGAGAAAGAUUGUUUAUGAAAAAAAAAUCCGAUUACUGAUGGAGAUUUUAACCGAACUGUUCUGGACGACGACCAGUUAUUGAAUCACAAACGUAUAAAAAGUUCUAUGCAACUUGACAUGGACCAGAGAAGAAAAUCCAGCAACAAGCGUACACAGUCCAUUAUUAUUUUUUCUAUAGAGUGUAAAUGUACUGGAUGCUUCUACUAGGUUGCGCCAAUGAUUGACACAUAGCGAAGUAGUUCAAAGCCUAAAUCAAGUUUUUCAAAUUGAAUCUCAGCAGAAUACGAUGUUAGCUGCUCGCAGUCUAGGACGAAACGAGGGCCCUGGAGACCCUAUCCCAACCGAUCCGAAUUGAGCGUUUUUGUUUAUUGUUUGGAGUCAAUAUUUAUGCAAAUAUGUUCAGCAUUUGCAAUGAGCUGUAGCCAAUGAUUCCGUUGUAUAGUUUUUUGACGUGGGACUACGUCUAACCGGAAUAUAUGGAGGGUAAAAUGAAAACCUAAACACAGAACAUGCAGGAAAAAAUUAAAGAUUUCGAAUGCUUAUAGCUCGAACAUUUCGUACUGGAUAGGAGAGAUGUUUGCAUCACUUGAUAGGGAAUAUUUCUACGCAUCUAUCGCAACUAACAAAAUGUUGUUUUUCAUUAGAUAAACAAUUGAAUAACUGUAAAAUAUUAGGCGUUAUCUAAACGCCCUAACUGCAUCGUUUUGAUUGGCCCGAUUUACGGUUUCCCUAACACAGCCAUCAAAACCAAGCAGCCUUGGGGAAAUCGGCAUUGCAAAUACAUGAAAGUAGGGGGACUUUUGUUCUCAUCGAAAAAUGUUCCCUAACACAGACUUUAAAACCAAGCAGCGAAAUCGGCAUUGCAAACACACGAAAGAGCCUAGAGGCGAAUGAACUGAAAAGUUUAAACCCUCUUAAAGCCAAAAAGAAGAAGAAGAACACACGAAAGUAGGGGGAGCUUUUGCUCCCACCGAAAUGUGUUCCCUAAUAGAGAUUUCUAAACCUAGUGCCUGGAGAAAUCGGUAUUUCAAAUUCAUGCAAGUCGGGGGUAUUUUUGUUCCGACUGGAAUGUGAUUUCCUAACACAGACUUCAAAUCUAUGGAGCGUGGGGAAAUCGGCAUUGCGAAUUCAUACAAAUCGGGGGUAUUUUUGUUCCGAUUGAAAUGUGUUUCCCUAACACAGACUUCAAAAACGAGGUUUCUGUGGAAAUCGGCUCUGCAAAUAAAUGCAAACUGCGAGUACUUUUGUCCUCGCUUGCCUUUGUGCAGAGUGGAAUAUGUCUGUCCUAACAUGAUCUUCUAAACUUAGGAACCUGGGAAAAUCGUGCAGACACUAGAAGCGAAUGAACUUCCCAGUUUCAAGCAAAUUCGAGAUUCGAGAAGUAUGUACACUUUUGGGAUGUAAACUUCAGAGGGAAAUGUAAAAUAAAAUAAUCGUUUGAUAAUUUUUUUUUGUCUUUAUUGGAAAGAUUUUCAGCCUUAGGCUGGUUCAUCAAACGUUUGAUAAUUCUUCCGUACAUAUAUUUUGUUCUAGUCAUCAUACCAAACGUAAAAGGUCCGUCAUUAAAUUUACUUGUAACGAAGGACAAUCAAUCACAAUGAAUGGAUUGACUUUACAUGGCAUUUAAUCAUUUUUUUCACUCACAGAGCAAAUAUAUUGAACUCAAUUGAAUUUGGAAACUGUUCCAUUCAAUCAAGAAUUUAAUCAAUACAAACGAAUGAUUGCUAAGCUAAGGUAGUUCCACAUCAACCUUGCGGUUAUAUCAUAGAUAUAACCUACUCAUUUUUUUUUUUUUUGGAAAAUGAUGUUCGGAUACCAUCCGGAAGUUUCAUUUGGUGAUUUUCAGUUAAAAUUACUGUUGCAGAAACGCACGAAACGCUUCAUUUUUAAUGUUAGGUUAUGAUUUCUAUUAGCGAAUUCGUUUUGACGUAGGACUACGUCUAACCUUUCAAUAUAGGGGCCCAUUUCAAUAUUUCGGUGUGAAAAAGUGUUCAGUUUUUGAACGCUAAUACCUCCUCAAUUAAUGAAUGUAUUUUGGUUCCAAAUACACACAUUGAUAGGAAAUAUCCUCAGUAAUUGUUUAUAUGCUACAAAUUACGGUUCUUCACCUCAUAUAAUGUUCAAAUUGAUGAAAAUUUGGAAGAAAGAUUUCCCUACUUUCCCAUACAUUUUGUCUGCGCUCCCGCAGCAAACAGCUAUUCAUUACAAGCAACCACGGGUACGGGCGAAACGUAUGGAUAAGGUGAAGGAGGGAGACAAAAAAGAGAUUAUAAAUAAAUAUAGGCGGUCGCUACAACGUUAACUAUAUGGCUAUAUAAAGUGAGCGAUGGUGGUGCUUGGCCACAUUCUAUCAUCCGAAGCCAAGUAGGAAAAACGCUAUCUUGAAAUUGAUUUUCAGCAUAAGAGAUAUCGCUGCCUUUGGCGGGGAUGAUGCGGUGCGAUACCGCAAGAGUGAGAGACAGGAGUUUCAAUGUGAUGUGGAGCAGGAGAGCUUAUCGAAGUGUGUUAAAAGCGGUGGAAACGUCACGCCGGGUGAAUGAGUGGCUAAUUGCGCUCGAUUUGAUAGAAUGCUGGAGUUUUAAAACGGUUUUAUUUAACUGUGACAUAUUUGUAUGUUUGUAUGUAACAUGUUUAUCUAUGGCUCUGUACCACAUUAAUUGAAAUUUGACCCCUUUCCUGUUGACCGGUUGAUCUCAAAUUUGGAACACACCUAUAUCUCUGCAAUCAUUAUAAAACUGCGUAUUUCAUGAUCUUCAAAAUCCAAGAUGGCGACCGCUACAAAUUACAUAUUUUCUCAAAGCCCCAUCAAUAUGGGUAUCAAAUAAAAGGGAUUGACUAGUAGAACAAAGUUAUUUAUGAAAAAUGCAAAUCCAAACUGGCCGCCACCACAAAAUGGCGAAUUACAUAUUUAAACCCCAUCAAUAUGGGUAUCAAAUGAAGGACUUGACUAGUAGAACACAGUUAUUCAUGA